AUAUUCAAAGAACCGAUUCAAAGCUGCGAUGAUGCGCUACUGGCUGCAUUUGUUGUUUGUUCUGAUAUGGCUUAGUCUUUUGGAGCAUGCGGAAACACGGAGAGCCUCGUUUAAACCAAAACCGCCACAGAAGCCAAAACAAACCGAGGCAGAAAAAGCUGUUGAGAAAUUAACUCCAAGUCAGAACAUCGACAUAAGUCAGAUGAGUGGGAGGUGGUACCUGGUUUCUGUGAUAUCACGAUGUAAGACACUUCUGGAAAAGGGCUUUAAACUGGAGAGCACUACUAUAGAUGUGGAAAUCAAUGGAAACAAGCUGUCUGUAGUCACUAUAACUAAACUCAAUUAUGAGUGUUGGGAGAUCAGACAGAACUACAUGACCACAAAGACCCCUGGACAUCUCAUUCUCAAAGGUAAGAGAUCUGCUGUUGAUGUGGAUAUAUUUGUGGUUGAAACGGACUACAGCACCUAUGCUAUACUGGUGUUCAAGAAAGGGAAGAAAAUUACCAUGAAAUUAUAUGGACGUUCCGGUAUUGUGCCUGAUAAUGUAGUAGAUAAAUUUGAGGAUCGUGCAAAGAUAUUCGAUUUAGGAUUGGACCUUCUUUCCCAGUAUCCCCACUACGGCUUUUGCGAGUCUGUAGAUAAGGUGCUGGAAAUGACUUGACUGACCACUAUGUUAUUGCAGAAGCUCUGAAUGAAAGAAAUAAGGACUCAUCACACAUUCAAACAACAGCGAGAAAACACUUUGUCCAGCAGCAUGCAAACAAUUGAAAUAAAAAACGUUAUUAUGUAA